AUAUGAAAACAAAGACGCAAACUGUAACAAAUUGACAAAUUGUUAAAAAUGAGUCUGCUGCGAUCCUAGAAUAAAAAAAUAAAAGGAAGCUUUACCCUUUAUCCAACCUGUCUUAUUUUUCUGCACCAUCACCGAUUAACAACACUGGUCAAGCUAAACAAUACAAAGAAGAAUGGAAACUAAUGAUGUAAAAACUUUUCACCAGUGUGUUAUGUGCAAUGAGAUUUUUCAAGAAUAUGAUUGUUUAGUAAAACACAACAAAAUACAUAUUAAAGAAGAGAAGACAGAUGACAUAACUGAUAAAUGUCCAGUACACUCUGCAGGAAAGAAAACCGAGGAUGUUGAGACUGUUCAUCAAUGUAGAUUGUGCAAUCGGGAAUUUAAAUCGGACACAGAUUUACAGGAACAUUGUCAAAUACAUGUUAAAGAAGAGAAAGUAAUAGAAAAUAUUUCACAACAAAUUACAGAAAAGAGUUUUCCUGAAUACCAUCAACAAAAGAUUUCAGAACAGAUAUAUUUUAGUUGUGAUAUUUGUAGCAAAUCAUUUAAUAAGCGCUCCUAUUUAUACAAUCAUGUGGGAAUCCAUACAGGAAAGAAACCUUUUAAAUGUGAUGUUUGUAAUAAGUCAUUUCAUAAACGACAACAUCUACAGUCACACACAAGAACUCAUACUGGAGAAACACCUUUUAAAUGUGAUGUUUGUAAUGAAUCAUUUCGUCAUUUCAUUAGUCUCCAAAGGCACAAGAAAACACAUACCGAAGAAAAACCCUUCAAAUGUGAUGUUUGUGGCAAAUCAUUUAAUCAAUCUGUUCUUCACGAGAGGCAUAUGAGAAGUCAUUCUGGUGAAAGACCAUUUAGAUGUGAUAUUUGUGGUAAAUAUUUUAACAAAAAUAGUCAUCUACAGACACACAUUAGAAUUCAUACUGGUGAGAAACCAUUUAAAUGUGAUGUUUGUGAUCAAUUAUUCAGUGAAAAGAGUAAUCUACAGAAUCACAUGAGAAGUCAUACAGGAGACAGACCCUUCAAAUGUGAUAUUUGUAAUAAUUCAUUUAAGCGUAACGGUCAUCUACAGAGACAUGUGAUAACUCAUACCAGAGAUAGAAAUUUUAGAUGUUUUGUCUGUGAUGAGUCUUUUACCGACCGGAUUUAUCUGAACAAGCACAUGGCCAUAGGAAUUCAUAGUCAAUUAAAACCUACAUGAAUGUUUGAAGUCAAUCGUUGAUUUUAUUGUAUUUGAAUUGCAAUGUUUACAUGUAUAUUUAUAAUAUACGAAUCAUACGCUGUGUGUCUACAACUAGCUUCACUUGAAAACAGACACUAAACUAGUUGACUGACAUAUUAAUUCAUACAUCAAGGAUUUUAGUUAAAAACACUAAAACUACUUCGAGAAUUUCGAGAUGUAUUUAUUCUGCUUCUAUUUUCAUAUUAUAUCUAAUGAUAUUGAAAAUUGUUUAUUAGUCUUUGUGUGUUUGAAAGAUGUAAACUGGAUUAUAAUUGAAUGACAGACCUGUAGCCCUACACCAAUGGCAGCCAUUCAUGGUGCAGAGAUCUGUUCUCAAAGUAGAUUGUUCUACAUGUAAGUUUUCUGUGUGAAGAAUGGAACUGCCCUAGUCUUUAGUGACAAUAUAAACAUUUCAACUGGUGAUUAGAAGUAGGACCAACAUCUAGGCAAAUAAUUAGGCAAAUGACUUUUCUAAGAAUUAAUUAGGUUCAUUUCACAUGCCAUGGGAAUUAAUAGUCGAGUAGAGAGAGAUUGAUUUAACGUCCACUGGACACAAACUAGGUCAUUUUGGGAUUAACACAUGGUUCAAUUUUUUAGUUCAAUAAUUCGAUUGUCUGUAGGGGUCUUUAGUAGUGCGAGGAAACCGAAGGACCCCGAGAAAACCCACGAGGUUGGACAGGCCACACUACUCCUUGUCAAAUACAACCGAUUAAUCAAAACCACACCAGUUGCUUCAAUGACAGACCUUAUGAUAUAGCGUGCACAUGCUAACCAUCCCCCCCCCCUUCUCCCACCCGUAAUAGUCAGGUAAAGCCUACAUAAAUGUUGUGUUUGUAGUAAAUCAAUGACCACCCAACUCUAUUUUGUGCUUGAUAACAAUUAGAGGAUAUUUAUUGAAACAUUGUGCCUGUGUAUAAUAAACCAGUGAUUGUUGUCCUAUACAAUGUACAUGCAUAACUGUGUUAUUUUUUUUAAAGCCCUACCUGGUCACCGGUUUUCAUUAGCGGAACAGUAGGACGUUA